CUGUUCAAGGUGAGCACUUCAACCGCGAAUAGUUCCUCGGAAGGAAAUAACGUAUGUGGUUCAGUUGUAACAGAAGCAGAACAGAGCAGUCAGGUUAGCGGUAGCGGUGAAGUUCGUAGAGAUGUCAAUGACGAUGAUGGCGCUGGUCAUAACGAUUCUGCUGGCGAAUCGCGUGACAGCGGCAGCGGCAUGCCGGUGUCUUCGUCAGAUGGAAGGCGCAAACGUUCUGCAACUAAUGAAUCGUCAAGCUGUGAAUCGAAACGCCAUCGUGACAGUCCAAGCGAGGUCGUCACCAGCAGCGAAGAGCGGCGGGAUCUUGGUAAGGAACUGUCAACUACUCGUAUGAUUGCAGAUUCGGCCGCCGCUGAUUGA